UACAAUAGAAAUCCGCAAAUUGUUUGUCAAGUAAAAAAUUCGUAAAAAUUUUUAAAAAAUUUUUUUUAAAUUUAAACAAAAAAUAAAAAAUGAAAAUUAUGUUAAUUAGCAGAACGUUAAUUAUUAUACUAGUGAUAUGUUUCCAAAACAUAGAAGGAAAAAUGAAUUUCGAGCAAUUAGUAAAAGCUGGAAAACCAGUAGGAAAAACGUGUCAAAGACAAACUGGUUGUCCUAUUGAGCUGAUCCAAAAUGCAAAAACUAAAGGAGAAUUUCCACCGGUUCCGGAACUGCAGUGUUAUUUCAAAUGUCUAUUCAUUGCAAUGGGUAUUAUUAAAAACGACAAAAUUUCUGAGGAUGCCUUGAAUGCUCAAAUGGCAAUAAUGCUUACUGAAGAUUUAGCUGAAAGAUUGAAAGGCAUGGCUUCUGUUUGUAUACCUGAGGCAACAAGUCCAAAUAUUUGUGAAGCUGCUUAUCAAUAUACUACUUGUGGUUACAAAUACGACUCUUCGCUCUACUUUUUCCCGUGAGCAAUGAAGAAAUUAUGUAAAUGGAUUCAGUAAUAUUGUACAUAUAGAAGUAAUAAAUAAAAGGCUGCAGAAGACAAAUAAAAA